AUGGCUCCAGAAGUUACAAGAUCUUUGUUAAUACAGCAGCAACAACAACAGCAACAACAAUGUUUAUUAUCGCUCAACAACAACAACAAUAAUAAUAAUAACAAUCAUAUCAACAACAACAACAUAGGCAACAGCAUUAACAACAUAGGCAACAAAAAUUAUAAUGUUAACAACACUUUGAAUUAUUCAAACUCUUUAUGUCCAAAUUUUUCAAACUACGACAACAACAACAACAAUAACAAUAAUAAUAAUAAUAGCAAUAAUAACAACAUUAACAACAACGACGAUGAUUAUGAUGAUGAGUCUCCAUACUGUCGGUUGAAUUUUCCACUUGAAUGCAACAACAACAACAACAUCAAUAAUAACAACAAUAACAACAUCAACAAUAAUAAUAACGAUUUAAACAACAAACACAACAACAGUAUUGAUAAUCGAAACGAUACUCAGCUGCAGACGUUGUUGAUACAACACUUAAUACAUCAACAACAACAGCACCGCAACAUCAACAGCUUAACAACUCGUUAUAAUUUACCUCAUUCGUUGUCGUCGUCUUCGUCAUCUUCAUCAUCAACCUCUAGGAAGAAAGACAUUAGCCUAACGGUCCUAAAUGGUUCAUUAAAACCUCAAACGACAACAACGACAGCAGCAACAGCAACAGCAGUUACCACAACAGCCACAGUGGCGGCUACAACAGCCACAAAACCGUUUUCAAACGGUGGCUUUGACAGAGACGAUGAUGUCGUUGUUGAAAUGUUUCUAGCAGUAUCAAGGGACGAUAAGGAUAGGCCGAAGCUGGCCGAAAAUCAGACGAUACUAUCACCAAUCAUACUCUGCGGUCCCGGGUCAAUUUCCUUGCAUAAGCCAAUCAUCAUAUCCUUCCAACAUUGCGCUAAUCUCGCCAACACUUUCAAUCAUAAUAACGUUAAUAAUAAUAAUAACAAUAAUAAUAAUAAUAAUAAUAGUAAUAAUAAUAAUAAUGCUGAUGGUGAUGGUGGUGAUGAUGAUGGUGGCGGUGAUGAUGAUGAUGGCGUGGUUUCAAACAAUCAAUGGCUGUUAUCGUUGUACGCUAGCUACGCUCCUUAUGAUGAGAUUGCUCGCUGGCAGGUAAUCUGUACAGCCUCGACUCCGAAAGACGAUCACGUACCUCAAGCCUGCAUCCAAUUGGACGAAGAAAAAUGUCACGUUAUGACAGAUCGACCAAUAGCAAUGCUCUGUUUAGUCGGCGAACCAAUCAGCGACAGGGCAGUUGUUUCAAAGUAUCUGCGAUUGGCCGCUUUUGCUCCGCCCCUUUCGUCACUAAUGACGUCAUUGGCCGAUUGUAAUAUUAGGAUUUAUAUUCUCGAAGAUACGUUUGACGCACUAGAAGGCGUACUACAGAUAGAGAGAGAUCUGGGUAGCUGUUUGAUAGACAAGCCGAAAAGAAUGCUCUUUUAUUACAACAACAACAACCACAACAACAACAACAAUAAUAAUAACACUAAUAAUAAUUUAUGCCUCUCCGUUCAAAGUGUUUCAGCCGGCUGGCGAAAUAAAAUGGAUGUCGAUUGUCAGAGACCAAACUGCCCAAUGCACAGGAAGAUAUGCCACGCGUCGUGUGACGAUGGCGACGAAGAAUGGAAAUCUAUAGCGCGAGCACUGUCACUAGACGAAUAUCUGGGGUACCUAUCAACAAAGCCAAACAAGAUGGAGGUGUUGCUGGGCUUAUGGCAGGCCAAAAACCCCGGGUCCACGGCAAUAUUUGACCUACUUAAUUCCCUUCGUCUGAUUGGUCGACCAGACGUAGCUGACCUACUUUCAAAAUCUUUGUUACGAGAUGAAUUGAGAACUGAAAAAAACAAAGUUCAAGCUCUGGAAAAUUCCUUGAAGGAUGAACAAAAGAAAAGUAUGGGUCUAAAGGUGAUGUUGGAGCUAGCAGAAGGCUACAAAAAAGAGAACAAACUGCUGAGAAGCAAGUUAAGACAUUACAAAACUUUUAUCAAAGAACAGAAUAACGCUGCCUCCCCAGUGUCCUCGCCAUCUUUAGUGAAAAAAAAUCAACAAAGCCAGCUGGAAUAUAAUGAUAAUAUCAUGGAAGAAUCUCACUUUCCAAAGUAUAAUAAUGAAAAUAAUAAUAAUUUAGUGGAAUCAGAAGUUUUCACGUUUCAAAGAAGUUGUUUAUUGGACUGUCAAAAUAAUGAAAUCUUUCCCGAAACUAAAUUCUCAUCCAUCAUUCGUGCAUUGAUUGGCGACCAGAAACCAGAAUUUAAGCAUGAGUAUUGCAGGCCACAUGAUCCUAUUUCGAAUAAAAAUGUUUCUUGCACUGAAUGUAUGAAAUGUAAAGAAAAAGAUAUUAAAAUUCACCGAUAUGAAGAAAAAGUAAUGGAGUAUGAAGAUGAACUGACAAAAGCAGAAUGGCACCUCCAAGAGGCCAUCAAAGAGAAGCAGGAAAUUAGUGAAAAUUUCCAGAUCAUGAAAAUACAGUUAGACGUCUACAAAGCUGACUUUCAGACGGAGAGAGCUGACAGGGAGAAUGCCAUGGACAGGGUCGCUAAUUUAGAAAAGCAGUUGAGAGUAUUGCAGACGGAAGAGGUAAAAAUCGAUCCGUUGCCAUUCAUUCCUCUACAGCCCAACACUUUUCCUCUAACUCGAAAUCCUACCUUACCUCCUCAGAAUCCUAUCUAUACUCAACAACACUCUGAAGAAAUUUUAAUAGGUAGGGGAGCAAAUUAUGCACCUAGAUUUUCUCAUACAUCAAACAGUAACUUUCACAAAAAAAAUAACUUAACUGGCGACGAAAAUCAAUCCGCCAAAAAAUCGAAAACUUCGAAGGUGGAUGCAAUUGCUGAGCGUGAAUCUCCGCUGUCGAAUUCGUUUGAGAACUUAAACUUGCUACCGGGCGAUCAUGGGGGCGAUGAUUUUUUGCCAUGA